CAUAUUUGUCCUUUAUAAAAGGGGAGAAAAAAUGUAUCUUAAUGAAUUUGUUUUCUUUCACAGAAAUCUUGCCUUUCUUGAUCAAACACCAUGAGUUGGAUGUUCCUCAGAGACCUCCUAAGUGGAGUAAAUAAAUAUUCAACUGGAAUUGGUCGAAUUUGGCUAGCUGUUGUAUUCAUAUUUCGCUUGCUGGUCUACAUGGUAGCUGCAGAACAUGUUUGGAAAGAUGAAGAGAAGGAGUUUCAAUGCAACAUUAGGCAGCCUGGUUGUGAAAAUGUCUGUUUUGACUACUUCUUCCCUAUCUCCCAGGUUAGACUUUGGGCACUGCAGCUGAUCAUGGUCUCUACUCCUUCUCUUCUUGUUGCUUUGCAUGUGGCCUACCGUGAGGCCCGAGAAAAAAGGCACAAGAAAAAAUUUUAUAUUAGUCCAGAUAGUAUGGAUGGGGGCCUGUGGUGUACUUAUGUCAUCAGUCUUGUUUUCAAAACUGGAUUUGAAAUUGGCUUUUUGGUUUUGUUUUACAAGUUGUAUAAUGGAUUUAGAAUACCUCAUCUUGUGAAAUGUGAUGUAAGGCCUUGUCCCAAUAUUGUGGACUGCUUCAUCUCCAAGCCCACUGAGAAGAAAAUCUUCCUUUAUUUCUUGUUAGUCACAUCAUGUCUAUGCAUUGUGUUGAAUAUUGUUGAACUAGGCUACUUAGUAUUUAAGAGUUUUGUGAAAUGCUGUCUUCAACGAUAUGCUCAAAAUUUUAAAUCCUCAGAUUGUAAAUGUCAUAACUUUGACUAUGUUACAUGCAAUGAGAUUGAUGUCCCUAAUCUGCUCCAGAAACACAAUUCUCAUUGUUCCAGAAGCAUUCCUCAAAAACUUGAAAGAAGUGGUUUGCAAGAGAAGUAAAAAAAAAAUUGCAGAAUGCUUUUAUAAGCAGGAUUUAAAUUGGCAACCCAGAGUAUCUUACAUUAGAUGCUUUUAUUUUGUGACAUGAGAAAAAAAGGAUAUGCAAAGUAUAUCUUCAAUUGUAAAUAUGGUAAUUGGAUUGCUGUUUUUGUUUAUUCUUAUUUAUCUGUACAUAAGUAAUGCUUGAUUUUUUUCCCUAAGUAAUCUGAAGGAAUUGAAGGCAAAUGUGAUAUGUUCUUAGUUUCAAAUUUUGGUGUUUUAAGGAUAGUUAUCAUAUGUCUUACAAUGCUUUAUAUAUUAGUUGGUAAUUAAAAAUUGUGAAGCAUUA